AUGGAACUUCCCUGGUUGGUUGCAUUUUUCGUUUUACACACCUGCAGGAUCGAAAAAUAUCGACCUAAUUCGUUGGAGGAAUUGAUCAGCCACGGUGACAUUUCGAAAACGAUUUCCCGAUUUAUUGAUCAGGGUCGUUUACCACAUUUACUGUUUUAUGGACCUCCGGGAACCGGUAAAACCAGUACGAUAUUAGCGGCAUGCAAAGCUUUGUAUGCCCCAAAGGAAAUGAGUUCCAUGGUCCUUGAACUUAAUGCAUCGGACGCUCGCGGUAUCAAUGUAGUCCGCGAACAGGUGUUGAGUUUCGCAAGCACCAAGACAUUAUUUGCCGGAAAAUUUAAGCUUGUGAUACUUGACGAAGCAGAUUCAAUGACCAAAGACGCUCAGAAUGCCCUUCGUCGAAUUAUUGAAAAGUUUACUGAAAACACUCGAUUCUGCUUGAUAUGUAAUUAUUUAUCGAAAAUCAUUCCUGCUAUUCAAUCUCGGUGCACCAAAUUCCGGUUCGCGCCGGUCCCUUUCACACAAAUGAGCAAGCGCUUGGAGGAGAUUGCACUUAAUGAGAAUGUUUCCCUGAUAGAUGAAGGCAAAAAGGCAAUUUACCGCUUUACCACUGGGGAUAUGCGUAAAGCCAUCAAUCUACUUCAGGUGCGUUGUUUUUUGUUUUCAACUUCUGUUGAUUAUCUUCUACAUUCAUUGUUUCAUGCAAGUGGUGCUUAUUGGCUUUGUCGUUUCCUACUUCCUCACAUGUUUCAUGAUCCAUUACAAUUGGUGUGUAUUGAAUGUCGCCAAUUUUCAAUGUUGAAUUUUCAUUGA